AUGUCUCAAAAGGCCCUCUUCGUUGAGCAGUUAGGCCAGCCACUGGUCGUGGGAGAUCGCUCCAUCCCGCAGCCUAGUAAGAAUCAGUUACUGGUCAAGGUUCUUGUUGCCGGCUUAAAUCCCCAUGACCAGAAAAGCCGCGACUCUGGCCUUUUUGUCACCAGCUUGCCAUACGUCCCUGCCAACGAUCUGGUAGGAGAAGUCAUCGCUACAGGAACUGGCGAGCAUUCUGCGAAGUUUACCGUCGGUGAGCUUGUGUUUGGAGAUGCCUUCGCUACUGAGGGUGGCUCCCACAAUGACUUCCAAGGAGCACAGCAAUAUGCUCUGGUCGAUGCCAGGUUUUUGGGCAAGGUGGCCAGCACUGGGUUGAGCAGCGACGAGGUAUCUACAAUUCCCGUCGUUGUCCUAGCUGGCUUCAUUGCCCUCUUCUCGAGCUCUGGUCAUGGCUUGCCCUCUCCUUUCUCACCCGAAGCGAAGUCCUUCGAUUAUGCCAACGUUACGCUUCUCAUUGUUGGAGGCGGCUCCAACACUGGACGAGCCGCAGUUCAGCUUGCUAAGUUGGCAGGAGUCGGCCGAAUCAUCGCAGUUGCCGGCCAUCGCAACAAAGCAACCCUUGAAUCUCUUGGGGCAACCCACGUUAUCGAUCGACAAGCCCUCGAUGCGCUGGAUCAGGUUCGUGCAAUCACUGGGGACGGGUUGGUCUAUGCCUUAGACACGGUCAAUUACGGCGUCGAACAAGAGCUUGGUGUCGCGGCACUCUCAAACACAAAGAAGGGCACUUUGAUUACUCUCACCCCUCCCGAUGGAGACUUGGAUGCGACUCGGAUUGGCUCUAAGUCUGCAGGGUAUGUACGCCGCCAUAUAUUGGGAAUUUCUUCGUUUCACCCAGAAGUAACGCUGGGGUUCUGGGAACAUGUUCCUAGAUUGUUGAAAGAUGGGAAAUUCCGCCCCAGCAGUUUUGGAAUCAUCAAGGGUUUAGAUGCGGAUGCUGUUAACAAAGCAUUGGACGAGUACCGAGAUGGAAAGGGGAUAAAGAUGAAUAUCCACCCUUGGGACUAA